UAGAAGUAGGAGACUGAUCGUGGGCGGAGUUUUCACAGGCUGUUAGGGUGGGAGCUUGAAUAUUGGGCGGGUUUUCGAGGCUGUCAGUAGCGGGCUCAGCUGUUUGCAGUCGGCGCUGAGAGCUCUCUCCUUUGGGCCCAAACUCUUGUCCCUCCGCAGCCUGUCACAGGCGUUCCGCUCGCUGCGCACCGAACCCGCCGGGUCAAUGAGCCGCUCCUUCCGCCCAGCGCCGGGCCCGGGCCAAUGGACACCAGCGACCUGUUCAGCAGCUGCAGAAAGGGAGACGUCUUCAGAGUGCGAUACCUUGUGGAGCAGAGAGACAUGGAACUGAAUGUGCGUGAUAAAUGGGACAGCACACCCUUGUACUAUGCCUGUCUUUGUGGACAUGAAGAACUUGUCCGUUACCUUUUAGCUAAUGGUGCCAAGUGUGAGGUGAACACGUUUGAUGGGGAGCGCUGUCUGUAUGGAGCUCUAAGUGACACCAUCCGAAGGCUGCUGAAGGAAUACAAACAGAUUACAGCCAAGUGCAUGCAGAGGGAUUACUAUGAUGACUUCCUACAGAGACUCCUGGAGCAAGGCUCUUACAGCGACACAACGUUUAUUGUACAUGGGGAAUCCUUCCGCGCUCACCAAUGCGUCCUCAGCGCUCGCAGUCCAUACUUUGCAGAGAUGUUCGACAACAAGUGGAAGGGGAAGAAUGUCAUUGGUCUGAAGCACCCACUGAUCAAUCCAGCUGCCUUUGGUUCCAUACUGCAGUAUUUAUAUACAGGCCACAUGGAUAUCGAUGUGGAACAUGUUGAAGACUGUAAGAGACUGGCCAAGCAGUGUCGGCUGCAAGAUCUCAUUGACGAUCUAGAGGAGAAGUGUAAAAAGGUCUACGAAUUUGUCUCCUCCAAGCCUGGAACUUGUGUAAAGGUAUUAAGUGUGGAACCCUCUGGGAAUGGCCGCCUUCAAGAGGAUCUAGCUAUUUUAGCAGACUGUGCCCUGCCAGCAGAACUGCGGGUGGGCUUUGGAGAGCUGCCAUUUGACAGUACAGAUAAUUUCAGCAGUUACCCUGAUGUCUGCUUCCAGAUUGCUGGUUACAAUUUUCUUUGUCACAAGUCUUUUUUUUGUGGCCGGAGUGACUAUUUCAAAGCCCUGUUAGAGGAUCACUUUUGCGAGAGCCAAGAGCUGCAGGCGCUGCCCAGUAUCCCAGCAAUCACGCUGCACAACAUCACGGAGGAGACCUUCAUGCGUGUCCUGUAUUAUAUUUAUAGCGAUGACACCGAGCUUUCCCCAGAUAAUGCCUACGAGGUGCUGUGUGUGGCAGACAUGUAUCUGUUGCCUGGACUGAAACGCUUGUGUGGAAAGACCUUGGCCCGGAUGUUGGAUGAGGACUGUGUCAUCGGCAUUUGGAAGGUUGCUAAGCUUUUCCAGCUGACGCGGCUAGAAGAUCAGUGCACGGAAUAUAUGGCCCGGAUCAUUGAGAAGCUGGUGGAUUCUGAGGAGUUUUCUGCAGCCAUUCGAGAGGACGCCGAGGCAGUGGAGGAACGCCAGGAGACAGACUCCAUCCCGCUCAUCGACGACAUCCGUUUCCAUAUCACAAGCAAUGUGCAGACCUACAGCGCCAUUGAGGAGGCCAAUCAGCGGCUUGAGGCUUUAGAGAAUUUGUUGGCCAAGUUAGAACUGGAAUGUUAAGCCCAAGAAGAACAGAAUAUAACGUAUCUUUAAAGGUUACCUCCAACAACAAAUGUAAUGUUCUAGAUCCAAAUGAUUCCAUCUAGAUCUCCAUCCAAAGCAGUCAGACAGUUUGUAGCCACACGUUUCCUCUCCAGCUGUUUCCGAACUACAGCUUCCAGCACCGUUACCUGAAAGGGGAGUUGUAGUUCAGUAACCAUGGAAGGAUGUCCAUAGCUGGCUCUGUUGUCUAAUAUCAGAUAUUUUAUUCUGCUGAGCAUUAUAGUACUGUACUAACGCUUUGCAUGGGGUAAAUAUGUUUACUAGGUGCUGGUGAAGUUAUUUGAUGCAGUUCAUGUGUCUUACUUAACCUCUGGCAUUUGGUGCGGCAAAUUAUACCUAGAAUAUAUAUUCUAUCUAUCACAGAGCAAGUGCAAAAUACCCCACCAUACACUGUGCAUAGUCGCUCAAUAGAACACGCAAUAUUAAUGCAGCUUGGAUGCACUGAAUAUAUAUUUGUUUGCACAGGCCGCUAUAUUUACAGUUCAAGUUGAUCUAAUAUUCGUAACACUCGCAAGCACGAAUUCUAAUAUUUCCCAAUCUUGAUGGUUGUUUUGACACCCAGGGGUGCUAAGACAUUAUGCAUCAACUUGCCCAAUGGAUAUCUGCAGCAAUAUAACAAGACGGGCCCAGACCAUAGCAGUUAGUGCUUUAAAGUGGACCUGUCACCCAGACACAAAAAUCUGUAUAAUAAAAGUCCUUUU